AUGUCCCUCUCCGACGAAGACUACGAGCUCCUGGCCCAGGACAUCCCUUCACUAGAUGACCCUUUUAUUCGCCAAUUCGUCUCCGGCAGCGAAGCCCUGCAAUCCAAAGAAUCAGCCCUCCGCUUCGACGCCCCCUUCCGCGCCUCCCUCUCCCCCAUCGCCCGCCGCGCAGCAGCCAUCGUCUCUCGAAUCCGCGAGCACGAGAACAAAACGGUCUGGUCUCCCACCGCGGCGGCAGGGGAAGCCGAUUCAGACAAGGGAGAUUCCAAGGAUAGAGCAGUCCACCCAGGCAUGCCAUUUCACCUCGACAGGCCUCUCAUCGAAACAACCGACCUCUGGCGCAUCGUCCGCAAGUUACCCAAGGGCGCGGCGCUACAUUCUCACCUAGAUGGCCUGGCCGACUUUGACUACGUGAUCGGCCUCCUCCUCGAGACACCCGGGAUACACAUCUCCGCUCACGGCCCUCUAUCCUCACCCGCUUUACUGGUUUCCGGCCACGUUCGCUUCCGCCUCCGCUUCCGCAAGAAAGAGACGAGCGGGGCAUCCAUCUGGGCAUCCGAUUAUGUUCCCGGCACCUGGGAAGCGCUUUCUAGAGCGGCAGAUGAGUUUCCCGACGAAGGUAGAGCAGGUUUCAUGCGCUGGUUGAAGGCGCAGUGCGUCAUUUCGCCCCAUGAGGCGGUCCAGGAUCGUCAUCACGGCCCUGGUGCCAUCUGGCGCUCUUUUGAGCGGUGCUUCCAGAUAGCCGACUCUAUCCUUCACUACGAACCCAUUUUUCGUGCUUUCUUGCGAAGGCUCAUGAGCCAUCUUCGUGAUGGUGGCGUUUCUUGGAUCGAGAUACGAAUCACAUAUGCCCUGGACUUUUACCGUCAAGGCAGCGAGACCCCCGAAGAAGACUACCAUUACCUGUACAGUGUCAUCGACGAAGAGCUUACACGCUUCAAGUCGGACCCGGCCAACUCCUCCUUCUGGGGCCUCCGCGUCAUCUGGACCUCCCCCCGCGCCCUCCAGACCCGCGACCUAAUCCAGGACAUGGACAACUGCAUCACCACCAAGCUCGCCUUCCCGCAUCUCAUCGCGGGCUACGACGUCUGCGGCCAGGAAGACCGCGGCCGACCCCUCCGCGACCUCCUGCCCGAGCUCUUCUGGUUCCGGAAACAGUGCGCGCAAGAAGGCGUCGACAUUCCCUUCUUCUUCCACGCCGGGGAGACGCUCGAUUCGGGACCCGGAAUGGCAAACACGAACCUGUACGACGCGCUGCUGCUCGGGACCCGCCGGCUGGGGCACGCCUUCUCGCUGUACCGCCACCCGCUGCUGAUCGAUAUGGUCAAGGAGAAGCGCGUCCUGGUCGAGUUGUGCCCCGUCGGUAGUAACGAGAUGCUGCGCCUGUCCGGCCCCGUCGCGACCCAUCCGCUCCCCGCCCUGCUGGCUCGUGGCGUCCCCGCCGCGUUGGGCAACGAUUGUCCCGGCAUGCUGGGACAGGGCCGUUCGAGCACGUCUCAUGACUUUUGGCAGGCGCUGCAGGGGUGGGGGGAUUUGGGACUCGAAGGGCUGGGUGCGCUUGCUGAGAACAGUGUCCGGUGGGCUGCUUUCGAGGAUGAGACGGCCGCAGAGUGGACGGCGCGAGUCCGGGAAGCGAGUCUGGGGGAAGGUGUCAAGGCGCAGAGGCUGAAGGAGUGGGCUACCGAGUGGGAGAAGUUUUGUCUGUGGGUCGUCAUGGAGUUUGGAGAAGAGUACGGCGAUGAGCCGGGUCCCGCAAGACGAUGA